AUGGCAUCCCACCCACCCAGCGCUUGCUGCACCCGCGGCUUCAAGCACCAGGGAAUCGCCUCGGGCGAAAUCAAGAAAAUCGGAGAUAUAUCGUUUACUAAGGGCGGGGGCCUUGAUGUAGGCUACGUCGCGCAUCCGUACUUUGUCGCUGCUGAGGAGCUGCUAGCUAUAAAGGGUCCAUAUGCCAUUUCUGCCGCUCAAACCGACUCCGUCUUCCCCAGCAACUUGCGCCACGACACCGAGGAACUGCUCAUAAAAGUAGGCCUCCCAUGGCAAAUCACCCUGUUCAGCGGCACCGAGCACGGCUUCUCCGUCCGCGGCGACUUGAGCAACAAGGCUGUCAGGUUCGCGAAAGAACAGGCGUUUGUCCAGGCGGUUACGUGGUUUGGGGAGCAUUUGUGA